UUUUUAUCUGGUUUUUUAAUAUAAAUAAUUUUCACACAGAUUUUGCUCUUCUUUCCUGUAAUUUUCCAACAUUUAUGUUUAAAUAUAAAUCAAAAACAAAAUCAGAAUAAUAACUCAUCAUUGAACAAUGACAAGUCUAACCAGAGCUGGCAGAGCAGAAAUUUUGCGGUCCGCUCAAAAAGAUGAAGAGUUUUGUCAGGAGUUGCAAGAAGAAAUUUCACUAAUAUCUGGCGAAGUCACAGGUCUUCGACUAUGGGUAGCUAGGAAUAAAAUAAUAUUUGAGGGAUUUUCGAAGCUAUUGUACAAGUAUUUUACAACCCUCAAAAGUUUUCAAACCUUGGGUGAGGAGUACACAGGCAUUGUACAACUUGAUCGAUCAGGAAGAAAUUUGCCAACCAAAUUGCAACAUAUCGUGUCAGUUCUAAUUGAAAGCUUCGGACCUUGGAGCACAAUAGUAGCCUUGCAUCAAAUGGAGAAAAGAGUGAUAGACUCUCGACAAAUUAAUCCGCUGGAAAAGGAGAAGUUUAAAAACUACUUGACUGCGUUUAAGGCUUUAAUGCCGUUUCUGCAGCAGCUUCAUAAAACCUUUUUCUACCUGUUUGGAACGUACUACAGUUUCAGUAAAAGAAGCACAGGAAUCACCUAUGCUCUAGUGCGACCUUGGAUGCGAAGCAAUGACUCAAGAAAAGCAUUCCACUGGAUCGGAGUGGCAUCUUCCCUUUACCUGAUCAUCAGUUUUUUGCACAGCGUUCAGAAUGGUCAUUUCGUUCGAUCCCAGAGUGAAUUUGUUCAACACCGACAGUCGGUCAGCACCAGCGACCCAUCAAAAAAGUGUUCCCUUUGUUUAGAGGAGAUGACUGAUACCAGUUGUACACCCUGCGGCCACCUUUUCUGCUGGGAGUGCAUUCUUGAGUGGCUGAACAGCAAAAGUGAGUGUCCUCUCUGCCGAGAGCCAACUCAACCUUCAAGAGUGGUUAGACUCCAGAAUUAUGAAACUUCUUCAUUGUUUUGAUUGGUUAUUUAGUUGCAGUUUUGAUAUGUUUAAUUAAAACGUUGAA